CAAGGCGCAUUGUCAAUAACGAAACAAGUGAAUCGUGCGGUAGAUGCGACAACUAAGUGUGAAGGUAAUCGAUGAUUACAAAAUAAAUAUUCAUUAAUGUCGUGAUACAAUCUGUACUGAAGAGUAACUGCUGGUACUUCAAAUCAAAGCAGUCCCUAUUAAUAAGGCAUAUCUAAGAAACCCAGAGAUUAUUACUAGUCGAUAAAUCUUCUGGAGCUGUGCCUCUGUUGUGGACAAGAUCUCGUGCGCUUACGACCGGGAUAAACGGGGUGAUCUCUCUCUGUGAAACUGUUCGUCGCCAAAAUACAAGGAUAAUAAUCGACAAUAGAGCAUGCCUGCACGGGGAAAAGGUGUGGGGAGAAGGAAGGCUCAAUCGGACCGGCUGACAAACAGGAAAUCGACUAAAGAUGCAGUGGAAUUGUCCAUCACAACUGCUGCACCCGACAAGUCUAGUUUGCAUGCGGAAGUGAAACACAUGCGCAGGAAUCGGAGCAGUCGCGGCGUCAAACCUGAUCCCGAGGCGGGAAAACCGACCGAUCGGAAGUCGCUAGUUUCUGGCAGACUGAUGGACAUCGGGAAGGGCUGUUCCAUACUCGGUGCAUCUGAGGCCGGACAGUUUAGUGGAACAGUGCACUUCGUAACUUCACUGACACAGGACGCAGCAUUUACGUUAAAAGGCACCAUAGUGUUUGACCAAGUUGACGAGAACAUCGGAGGAGCGUACAACCCGGACACUGGUGAAUUCACUGCCCCUGUAUCCGGAUUUUACCUGUUCACCGUUCAGGUGAUGGUGACUGGUGGCCCUGGACAGGAAUACGAACUCAAAUGUGAAGAUAGCGCCUAUUCUACUCGUGUCCGUGUUGAAAGUGCUUGGUCAACUGGUUCAGGAACUGCAGUGUGCCACGUGAGGGAAGGUCACAAGGUGAAGGUCAUCAAGUACUACGGCCCAGCUGGCAGUUUGAGACAGAGUCCAUGGACACGGUUUUCAGGCUUUCUGUUGAGGGAAUCCUGAAGCGUGUGAAUCCUCCAAUGCAUCUAUAGACUGCACAAUUUACAAUUAACUUUGUCUUCUACAUAUAGACCUUGUGCAAUAGUAAUGUUAUAAGCUAGUCCCCGUCAUCGUCGUUUAAUACUUCUCUGUAUUUAUGUCAACAAUGUUUCGCAUUAAAACAUUUCCGUUUA